AUGCCGUUAUGGGUGUUCUGUGUAUUUUGUUUGUUUGUCCGGAUAAAUGGAGAAGAUUUUCCUUCAUUGAUUACCGCCAAUGCUUCUAUUGGUUUUUUAGCAGUUUUUAGCAUCGCAUCCUGCCAGGACACCUGGUCUUUGUUCUCCCGAGCCAAAGAAGAAGAACUUCUUCUUUUCGCGUUGACAGAAGUUGAUUGUCCACGUUUGCCUACAAACAUUGCAAUUACGGUCACUUAUGCCGAUCCGGGUGAGGAGUUACCUCAGUUGAUACUGGAUUUGAGGACAAUGAACGCUUUUAAGUGGAAGUCUGCCGUGAUAUUGCACGAUGAUACUUUAAAUCGUGACAUGGUCUCCCGAGUGGUGCAAUCUCUAACAUCUCAAAUAGAUAAAGAAAGUGUCCUGUCUGUGUCUGUAACUGUUUUUAAGAUGAAACACGAGAUUAACGAGUAUCUCAGACGUAAAGAGAUGCGUAGAGUUCUUUCGAAAUUGCCAGUCAAGUACAUUGGGGAAAAAUUCAUAGCAAUCGUAACAUCUGAUGUAAUGUCAGCCAUGAUAGAAACUGCUCGGGAACUUCUCAUGUCGCACACAAUGGCUCAAUGGCUCUACGUAGUCUCUGACACCAAUGUUCAUAAUGGAAACCUCACCAGCAUGAUCAACGCUUUGUAUGAAGGGGAAAACUUAGCAUAUAUUUAUAACAUUACGGACAAUAGCCCUGAUUGCAAGAACGGUCUGAUGUGCUAUUGCCAAGAGAUGAUGAAUGCAUUCGUGUCAGCCCUGGACGCAGCGGUGCAGGACGAAUUCGACGUGGCAGCGCAGGUAUCUGACGAGGAAUGGGAAGCCAUCAGGCCUACUAAAUCGCAAAGGAGAGAUAUGUUGCUAAAACAUAUGCAGCAACAUAUAGCAACAAAAAGCCGGUGCGGGAACUGCAGCACCUGGCGUGCUCUAGCGGCAGACACCUGGGGUACCACGUACAGGGAGUUAGCUGAGUCGCAAGACGGCUCCAUCGUCGGCAGGGACACCAAUGAAACAACUGGCGUUAUAGAUAAAAUUCAGCUUUUAGAUGUGGGAUACUGGCGUCCGGUCGAUGGCAUAAGAUUCUUCGACGUCCUGUUUCCUCACAUUGAACAGGGCUUUAGAGGGAAAGAGCUGCCUGUCAUAACUUUUCACAAUCCUCCUUGGACUAUUCUGCAGACCAACGAAUCUGGAGCUGUUAUUAAGUACAGCGGAUUGAUAUUUGACAUUGUCACCCAGCUUGCUAAGAAUAAAAACUUCACGAUAAAAAUUUUGCUGCCAUCAAAUAUUAUAAAACAAGAUCUCUUCAAUGACAGUUCAGUUGAUAUGUCCCACAGUCAGAACACUUUGCUUACAUUACAAGCAAUAGCAAAAGGACAGGCGGCGUUAGGCGCUGCAGCUUUGACUGUUUUUCCUAAUCCGACUCCAGGAGUCAACUACACUAUUCCAGUAAGCACACAACCAUAUGCUUAUAUGGUGGCGAGGCCUCGGGAGCUUAGCAGAGCGUUGUUGUUUCUACUUCCUUUCACUACGGACACUUGGUUAUGCUUGGGCCUAGCAGUCAUCCUCAUGGGGCCUGUACUGUUUGUGAUCCAUCGACUAAGUCCAUAUUAUGAAGCCAAGGAGAUCACACGUCAGGGUGGACUGUCUACCAUUCACAACUGCUUGUGGUACAUAUACGGAGCUUUGUUGCAACAAGGUGGAAUGUAUCUGCCCCGAGCAGACAGUGGUAGAUUAGUCGUCGGCACGUGGUGGCUAGUGGUCCUCGUGGUAGUGACCACGUAUUCCGGCAACCUAGUCGCCUUUCUCACUUUCCCUAAACAGGAGGUUCCAGUCACCACUGUGUCUGAACUGCUGGAGAACAGCGCCACUUAUACUUGGUCUUUGAAUAAAGGAUCUUAUUUGGAGAGUGAGCUUAAGAAUUCAGACCAGCCAAAAUAUACGUCACUCUUAAAAGGAGCUGAGUUAACUGUAGGAGCAGGAGGCAUUGAGGGGACCUUGAAAUCGGGGACAAAUAUUUUAGACCGAGUGCGCUCCCAAAGGCACGUGUUGAUUGAUUGGAAACUACGAUUGCAGUACCUAAUGAGAGCGGAUCAUCUUGUCAAGGACACCUGCGAUUUUGCCCUAAGUGUGGAAGAGUUUUUGGAUGAGCAAAUAGCCAUGGUUGUCCCUGCUGGAAGCCCGUAUUUGUCUGUGAUAAAUAAAGAGAUAAACCGAAUGCAGAAAGCAGGUCUGACAACAAAGUGGCUAAGUGCGUAUCUGCCGAAACGCGACCGUUGUUGGAAGACAACUUCAAUGGCGCAGGAGGUCAACAACCACACCGUCAACUUGAGUGACAUGCAGGGCUCCUUCUUUGUGCUUUUCUUAGGAUUUUUCUCCGCUUCUUCAGUGUUGCUAUUUGAAUGGCUCUAUCAUCGAAGAAAGAGGCAAAGUGACGAAAUUAUCAUAAAACCGUACAUAGAAUAA